AUGCCAGACUUUCUUGUCACCAUCUUCUACGUUUUCUUGAUUAUGAUGUUGCUCAGGGCGUUCAUCACACCUUCCAAAACUUUUGCUGCUACUGCCGGUUCUACCACUUCCAAAAGGAUGAGCUCAUCACUCAUUAGACAAUUAAAGACCCUCGAUGAAGUCAAUAACACAAUAAAAUCCGAGAAAUUAACCCUUGUGGAUUUUUACGCCACCUGGUGUGGUCCAUGUAAGGCGGUUUCUCCAAUCCUCGAGAAAUUGGCAGUCGAAUACCCAAAUGUCCAAUUCAGAAAAGUGGAUGUUGAUGAGAGUAACGAGGUUGCCAUGGAAUAUGGAAUCACUGCUAUGCCAACUUUUGUGUUGUUCAAGAACAAUGAACCUAUCGGGAAAAUCACUGGAGCCAAUAUCAAUGCUAUCCAGAAAGUUUUGAAGCAAUACGCUUGA